AUGCCCGUUGACCAGAUCUUGACGAAGAUUAAGGACGAGAAAUACCUGAAAUGGCCCAGGCCGUUACACUUGUCACCCAACGUGCGCGACAAGAGGAAAUACUGUCAUUUUCACAAAAAUCACAAGCAUUACACAGAGGAUUGUCGAGACCUAAAAGAGCAAAUAGAAGAACUCAUACGGAAGGGGAAAUUGCACAAGUACGUGAAAAGAGGAGAUUCGAGCAAGUAUAGGGACGGUGGUAGAGAUCAACACAAAGUUUCUCAGAGAGACGAGGAUAACCUACAACCUUGUCCACAAAGUGCAAUAGGGGAAAUAAGGACCAUCACAGGGGGGCCGUCCAUGGGAAGGUCGUUCAAAUCCCUCAAGAAAUCAUACCAAAGACAGGUGAACAGUGUCCAUAGCCUGCCUCCUUCGAAGCAAAGAUGGGUUGACCAAGACAUGUAUUUCUUAGAAGAAGAUGUUAGGGAAGUAAAGCAGCCUCAUGAUGACCCAUUGGUCAUUAUGAUCAUGAUUGAAGGAUUCAAUACCAGAAGGGUUCUAGUUGACAAUGGGAGCUCGGCAGAUAUUAUUUUCCUUUCUGCAUUCCAGUAG